GUAAUCUGUCCAGACCUCGACGAGCUGCAGACAGGAGAGUCGGAGCAGAGCUCAGUCAGCGCCGAGUCUCUAGAAAUCCCUGUUGAAGCAGUUGCAGCUAUGGGUCGUAAAGAGGCCGACUACGUAUGGAAGAAGGACACCGACAACAUCCAUGAUGUUUUUGAGGUCAUGGAGGAGUUGGGAUCGGGGGCAUUCUCUGAGGUUUACAUGGUGAAGGAGAGGAAGACGGGAAAGUUGUUUGCCAUGAAAUGCGUGAAGAAGAAGCAGAAGAGGGACCUCAACUUGGAAAAUGAGAUUGCUGUGCUGAGCAAGAUCAAACACGAGAAUGUUGUGGGACUGGAGGAUUUCUAUGAAAGUCGGACCCAUUACUAUCUUAUCAUGCAGCUCGUUUCGGGUGGUGAGCUGUUUGACCGCAUUCUGGACCGGGGGAUGUACUCAGAGAAAGACGCCAGCAGGGUGAUCCAGCAAGUGCUGCAGGCUGUCAACUACCUGCACCAAAGAGGCAUAGUACAUCGCGACCUCAAGCCGGAGAACCUCCUGUACUACAGCCAAGAUGAAAACUCCAAGAUCAUGAUCAGUGAUUUUGGCCUCUCCAAGAUGGCCGACAAUGGUAUCAUGUCGACAGCCUGCGGCACACCAGGAUAUGUUGCUCCUGAGGUUUUAGCACAGAAGCCCUAUAGCAAGGCAGUGGACUGCUGGUCAAUUGGAGUAAUCACCUACAUCCUGCUCUGUGGAUAUCCCCCUUUUUACGAAGAAACCGAGACACGACUGUUUUCUAAGAUCAUGAAGGCGCAGUACGAGUUUGACUCUCCAUUUUGGGAUGACAUCUCUGAAUCAGCUAAAGAUUUCAUACGCAACAUGAUGCAGAGGAAUCCUAACAUGCGCUACACCACAGACCAAGCGCUCAGACACCCCUGGAUCAUUGGAAAAACGGCACGGAGCCAGGACAUCUACCAUUCCGUCAGUGUUCAGAUCCAGAAAAACUUUGCCAAGUCCAAAUGGAAGCAAGCCUUUAAUGCUACUGUGGCCAUUAACCACAUGAAGAAGCUCCAGCUAGCUCAUUCAGAACUGCUGGAAAAGCAGGUCAAUAUCCCAGACAUCAAGGUCAUCGAUGUGUCCUCCCCAACCAAACCCUGCCAACACCUGGACCCAGAGGUACUCGAUGGAGAGGUGGCGGAGAUCAAUGGGAACAUACCUGGAACAAAUCACAUGACCCUGCCCCCCAGCCCGACUGAGCCGAAGAGCCACUACCACCAGCUGAAGACCAGUCAGAGCCACUGCAAUCCGCACCACGCACCCACCAUUGCUGAGCAGGGCAAGCACGCCUACCACUCUGAGCCUGCUAACCUUAACGGGUAUGGUAAGAGCCGCACCGGAAAAAUUUUGCAGACUGGAGUAUGCACGGUUAUGUGAGGGUUUCAUGGAGCUUACAUGGACAAAACAUUUUGAGGUUCGUCUCACCGUGCUGACUCAGCAAUGGAGCUGAUUUGUGUGAGCGGCUCCCCGGUACCGACAGUGACACAUGGGUCCUUAAAAUGGUCCGAGCGGUCAGAGAGGGAUUCAG